AUGUUUCACUUUGAUUUAAAUAGUAGUAGUAGUAGUAGUAUUGUUUUAACUCUUUCUUCCGUUGGCCAACUAUCUGUCACUCUCUCUCACUCUCUUAUCUAUCUAUCUAUCUAUCUAUCUAUCUAUCUAUCUAUCUAUCUAUCAAUAUAUUAUAUAUAUAUAAUAUUUCUCGUUCGGUACACUAUCCCUCCUACUCUUUUUCUUUUUUAUUUCUCCUUCUUCUUCUACACCAACACCUCCUCCUCUUUCACCGAUUUCCUCUGUAUUAUCAUUCAUCAUAAUAUUCCUAUUAUUCGACAGUAUGCUAAAUUACUUCUAAAAUGUUCAUCGGUAUAUCCUAACUGCUGCAGCCAUUAUAAAAUCUUCUUUUGUCUUCUUCUUCUUCUUCUUCUUCUUCUUCUUCUUCUUCUUCUUCUUCUUCAACUUCUUUCCAUCAUACAACGUUCACUUUUUCGGAUUGUAUAUCUUCUAAUCUUUCUUGAUUUUCUUCUUUUACUUCUUCCUUUUCUUCUUCAUUUUUGCGUUUUACGUCAUUCAACUUUCAUUUUUCGCUAUGUCAUCCUAUUCUUUGUCUCAUUGUACAGAUUCUAA